GUGCGUGUUUAUUAAGUUACAAUGAAGAUAAAAAGGUACAAAAAAGUGCACAAACACUUAAACUUCUACAUAAAUAAUUUCGGGUUUCGGCAGCCUUAUCAAAUCCUACUAGACGGAACGUUUUGUUUUGCAGCUUUGAACAAUAAAGUGAAUAUCGCUGACAAUGUUCCGAGAUACUUACAAGGGGAGCUUAAAUUGUUGACUACACAAUGUGCAAUCAUCGAAAUGGAAAAUUUGGGUACUAAGUUGGGGGGCGCUUUAAUCAUCUUGAAGAAAUUUCCCAUUCACAAAUGCGGACAUGAAGGACAACCAGUUGUUGCCUCAGAGUGCUUGUUAUCAAUGUUGGGUGAUACAAAUCUUAAUCAUUACGUUAUCGCAACUCAAGAUAGAGAUUUACAAAAUAAUGUGAGACAUAAAGUGGGUGUACCGCUUCUUUAUCUUCAUGGGAAGACUCCAGUAUUGGAACAACCUUCAGAGGUAACAGUUGAGGCCACUAGAAGUAGGGCUGAAGGCUUAAGUGUAAGUGAGAGACAGAAAAUUGAAAAGUUGAAAUUGGAGAGUGGUUUAGUUGAAGCCAAAGGUAAGAAAGUGAAGAGGAAGAAGAAAGGGCCAAACCCUUUGUCGUGCAAGAAGAAGAAGAAAAAUAAGUCAGGAGAGGUGGAUAAAGUGGUGAAAAAUACAGAAGAGAAGAAGAAAAGGAAGAAAAUUAGGAUAGCACAACAUGUUAAAGAGAUUUUGUUCAAUAAAGACAAUCAAGUUUAGUACA